GGUGGGUGGUGCGCUGUAUAGCAUCGACAGCAUGCCGGACCUCCGCAAGAGGAAAGCCAUGCCUCUGGUCAGGGACCUGGUCAGUGUAAGUUCUGACCAUAUACUAAAUAUAUUUUACUCUAUAUUCUCUCUCUCUCUCUCUCUCUCUCUCUCUCUCUCUCUCUCGCUAUCUCGCUCUCUCUCUCUCUCUCGCUCUCUCGCUCUCUCGCUCUCUCUCUCUCUCUCUCUCUCUCUCUCUCUCUCUCUCUCUCUCUCUCUCUCUCUCUCUCUCUCUCUCUCUCUCUCUCUGUGGCUCUCUCUCUCUCUACCCUGUCCUGCUGUCUCUGCCUGAGGAGCUCAGCCCCAGCACCAGGGUCAAUGGUCUCUUCUGAUGGCCACUGAGACCUGCCUUGGAGAGGCUGUCAGACCCUAGCCCUCCCCCACCUCCCAGAGCAUGUCACUCUGUCCUUUGUUCUCUGCUCUCUGACGCUGCUCACCCUGGAUGUGUGCCAUGUUGACCAAUGGAAUGCUGUGUAGAGGAGAGUGGAGAAAUAAUCCUGGAUAGCUACAUCCUACUGUACUGUACGUGAACACUCAUAGCCUUCUUGUCUGUCCCAAUAAAGAUUGAAUAGAGUAGAUUAUUUUCAUUGGAGUAGUAUACAGAGGGAUAGUGACAUUAUUGGGCUCCAGAUGGAGACAGUAAUAAUUCCAGAGCAAGAAUUAACAUACAGGACUAAAUAGCUCAGCACUUUGUCUCUAUGAAUCCAGUUUACUGUCAGACUGUACAACCCACACACUCGCGCGAGCAUGAACACACACACGGAGAUGCAGAUACACUACCAGUCAAAAGUUUGGACACACCUACUCAUUCAAGGGUUUUUCUUUAUUUUUACUAUUUUCUACAUUGUAGAAUAAUAGUGAAGACAUCAAAUCUAUGAAAUAACACGUAUGAAAUCAUAUAGUAACCAAAAAAGUGUUAAACAAAUCAAAAUAUAUUUUAUAUUUGAGAUUCUUCAAAUAGCCACACUUUGCCUUCAUGAAUGAUUUGCACACUCUUGGCAUUCUCUCAACCAGCUUCAUGAGGUAGUCACUUUUUUGGUUACUACAUGAUUCCAUAUUAUUUUUUCAUCGUUUUGAUGUCUUCACUAUUAUUCUACAAUAUAGAAAAUAGUAAAAAUAAAGAAAAACCCUUGAAUGAGUAGGUGUGUCCAAACUUUUGACUGGUACUAUAUCUUAUUUAUCACACGCAUACAGCAUACAGAUACAGAGCCUUUGAGUGGAAAUUCUGUCAGAAAGCGCAAGAGCUGCUGCCUGUGACGCUUUCAUGACAACUGGGAACUCUGAAAAAUACGAGGUAAAAUCAUGAUGUCAGUGAUCUUCAGGUCGGAAAGUCGGAUCUCUAGAAAGAGGCCUGAGUUCCUGAGUUUGAAUUCUGAGUGGACGACCGUUCAAAACAAUUUUCACAGUCGGAGCUUGUUUUUUUUCCAAAGUUCCCAGUUGUCCUGAACACACUGAAGGCGGAAGUCAGAGAUUUAUGAGUUCCCAGUAGUUAUGAACACUUCAUCAAACAGCAAGGGUAGGAAGGCUUCAUCAGCGAGCCACACACCACUUUGCAAUGAGCUGGAGGCGGUAUGCAUUUUGAAAACAUAUACUUAAUUGUUUGAAACCUGAACGUUUUAAUAUAUAUUAUGAGGCAUGUCUUACCUUACUUCAAAGUAGCCUAUUAGAUCUACAUUUCGAACAGAUAUUUUCGUUAGAAAUCCUAUACCUGUAACUCACUGGGUUUUAAAUAGAGUCUAUCCUUCAACAUCGCAUCUCAUUGUUAAGGAAAUACAGUUUUCCACUCUGUUCCUAAGGGCCUUUGUCCUCCACUCCAAAAGGAUUAUUCGAUUGUCCCCAUAAGAGAAACCUUUUUGGUUCCAGGUAGAACCCUUUUGGGUUUCAUGUAGGUUCUACAAAAGGGUUCUGCCUAGAACCAAAAGGGUUUUAUCUGGAACCUAAAAGGGUUCUUCAAAGGGUUCUCCUACAGCUGAAUAACUCUUUUAGGUUAUGAUAGCACAAUUAUUUUCUAAGAGUGUACCUAUGUACAAGGUUGUUUACAUGCCACGUGAUUAAUAGGUCUUCAUCUAAAUGAAUAGAAAUGUCCUCCCUCCUUUCCCCUGAUAUAGUGAUCUUUCUGUCCCUUGGCACAUCUAUCACGAUCGAUCACUCUGUAUCUGUCUUGAAAUCACCCCUAUGCCAUUGUCACCAUGUUUAUGACUGUGGCUAGAGCUGUUUGACAUAUGGAGCCUGGUUCCUCUCUAGGUUUCUUCCUAGGUUUCUGCCUUUCUAGGGAGUUUUUCCUAGCCACCGUGCUUCUACAUCUGCAUUGCUUGCUGUUUGGGGUUUUAGGCUCGGUUUCUGUAUAGCACUUUGUGACAUCUGCUGAUGUAAAAAGGGCUUUAUAAAUACAUGUGAUUGAUUGAUUGAUUUAUAUGGUCCUUUAAACACUUGUUUCUCUUCCUGCUUCCUGCUUCCUCCACCUGUACUGCUACAGGCUAUGGUGAGUAACACUGUGGCUGAUUCCAUAUGAAAAGAGAAUGCUGUUGAGACAUACUGGCUUUGUUUGCUCUCAAGGGGAAUAGCAAUUUGUGUAGAGAAGCACUUCAUUCCAGAUACCCAUGACCCCUUGAUUCUUGUAUACACUUAGGGAGAAUACAGCUGGACUGCAAUGUGACCUGUUGGCUUAAAUGCUGUACUGAGAUGUAAUUAUUUCCACUCUAUGUUGAAAGAUGUUCAAUUAUAUAGCAAGAAAAAUAGACUUCUUUCUUUGAUCAAAAUCAAAGUUGUCACUUUGUUUUAAAAAUGCUUAUUGAAUGUAUUUCAAUCGCAGUAUGUACAGAACUACUAUGUAUUAAUCUUAUCUCUUCAUUCAAUUCCUUCCUUUCUUUCUGUCCCCUGCCUGUCCUACCUCAGUCCCUGGCUCAGAACUCCAGGAAGGCAGGGUUCACAACAGCUAUGGCGUCCAGCACUCUCAAUAACGAGGAGCUGGUGCGUUUCUGGCUCUUUCUUUUCUCUACUUUCAGUAUAUCCAGAUAGUGAACUUUUUCCCUCUCUCCAUGUAGUCAUAGAUUCCACUAAUUAUUUGACUCUGUAUAUAUCUCCUCUACGUUUCCCUCUCUUGUAGAAGAGCCAUGUGUACAAGAAAACGCUACAGGCUCUGAUUUAUCCCAUCUCCUGCACCACGCCCCAUAACUUUGAGGUGUGGACAGCCACGACGCCCACCUACUGCUACGAGUGUGAGGGGCUGCUGUGGGGCAUCGCCCGCCAGGGCAUGAGGUGCACCGAGUGCGGGGUCAAAUGUCACGAUAAGUGCCAGGACCUACUCAACGCUGACUGCCUGCAAAGUAAGCAGAGCCAUGUUGAUAUUGCUCAGUGAGUGGUAAAGGUUUGUUCAGUUGGUGCUAAAACAUAAUAUAAUGGUAAAACAUAGAACAUUUAAAAAAAUGUGGGUAGCGGUUGGUUCUAACUAACAACACCAAACGUGUGGGAUACUACAGACUGUAAACUGCUUUGGAUAAGAGUGUUAGUUAAAUGGCUGUCUGGCAUUCCCCUUUGCCUGUCAUACUUCAGACUGCCCUCCUCUCUCCUCUCUCCGACAUCUCUCAUCCCACUCUCCUUGUCCUCCUCCCUCCCAUUCUCUCACUCUGCUGUCUCAGGCACUCUCUAUCUUUUUGGGUUUUUCUGAAAAGGAACUUUCCUUGACAUCCUCUCCACCUUUCCAACUCUUUGUGGGAGUUUCACAGGUCUGCAGAUACUGCUUGAGCACUCAUCCAUAAAUCAUACUGUAUACUCUGUCUCACAGUGUUCUCAUGAUAGGGCACAUUUACUCUUAUAGAUCAAAUCAAAUCAAAAUGGAUUUGAAGUGCAUAUCAAAUUGCAACAUACUUUACAGCAAAACAAUACAAUUAAGGAGAUAAAACACGAGAAAGCAAUAAAAGAGAUGAAUAAAAUAAUAGUAAAAUCUGUUUUUAUAGAUGCCAUGGUUUAUGUUAUGCACCAUUUGUAUACAUUCCUCCAAUGUUCACUCCCUUCAUCCCAAAGAAAACUGUUCAUGCCCUCCAUAUACUGUAGCACAGGAAUGGGCACCUUGCAAGCAAAACAUUUUAGUGGCCCUCCUCUUGACAGUUACAAGAAAAACUUGUUUUAUUUAAUUUCUUGCAAUUCUACACAUUUUGCCACGGGGCGUAAAGAAAAUGUUGCAGUUUUAAAGCACGUUUGCUGCAAUUCUACACAUUUUGCCAUGGGCAGAGAGAAGACUUUACAAUUUUGUAAGACAUUUCAUGCAAUUCUACUCAUUUUUUGUUGUUUCUUGGGGGGAAAUUGAAUCGCGGGCCUACAAAAGGGGGGCCGCGGGCCGCAUGCCGCCAGUUUCCCAUUCCUGCUGUAGCAUAAUACAACAUAAGACCUUAUUUGUCAUGUUACUCAAUGAAAUAAUAAAUAAAAUCUGACCCUCAUCUCUCUUGUCUACCCCAGGGGCAGCGGAAAAGAGUUCUAAGCAUGGGGCGGAGGAUAGAACCCAGAACAUCAUCAUGGUUCUAAAGGACAGGAUGAAGAUCCGAGAGAGGAACAAGCCGGAGAUCUUUGAGCUGAUCCAGGAGGUGUUUGCCAUGGUCAAAGCCACUCAUGUCACCUACAUGAAGCAGAUCAAACAGAGCGUACUGGAUGGCACCUCCAAGUGGUCGGCCAAGAUCAGCAUCACAGGUGAGAGAGAGAGAAGAUACCAGGGCUUCAGAGUUGGAGUGCUGAUCUAGGAUCAGUUCCUCGCUGUCCAUAUCAGAAUCAGAAUCAGAAAACGUAUCUUAUUCAUUAUGAUCUAAAAGGGAAAACUGAUCCUAGAUCAGCACUCCUAUUCUGAGACGCUUUGUGAAUAGUAUGAGUCCAGAACCAUCCAUUUGUAAAGCUCUGGCAGAUUCCAUUUGAGUCUGACUCCAUCACAACACACAUCAUCCACCCUCUGUCUCCUCUUGCUUGUUUGUGUUCCAGCUCUAUUUGUUGUUAAGGUCAUAAUGUGUUGUAGACCAUUGAGUCACUGUCUGACAUGAAGUACGGCUUACUGGUAAAAACGUAAUAAACUACCACUACUACUACUACUACUACUACUAUUACUACUACUACUACUACUACUACUACUACUACUACUAUUAGCCUCUAAACUAGACUGACCGCUGCGCUCACUAGUGAAACUAUGUUGAGUGCAGUAGUCAGUCUGGUUGACCAAGCUACGCUCCAGCCAGACUGACCACCUGAUGCUGCCCCCUGUCCCCUCCCCACAGUGCUGUGUGCCCAGGGCCUCCAGGCGAAGGAUAAGACAGGCUCCAGUGACCCCUACGUCACGGUCCAGGUGGGCAAGACCAAGAAGAGGACCAAGACCAUCUACGGAAACCUCAACCCUGUCUGGGAGGAGAACUUCAACUUGUGAGUAGAGAGAAAAAUUACUUUUUUUAUUUAGCAGACACUGUUAUCCAGAGCGACUUACAGGAGCAAUUAGGGUUGUGCCUUGCACAAGGGCACAUAGACAGAUUUUUAACCUAGUCAGCUUGAGGAUUCAAACCACCAACUUUUCGGUUACUGGCCCAACGCUCUUAACCGCUAGGCUAUCUGCCACCGGUACGGGACUGGAAUAACAUUGAAGGUUGUUUAUUUACAGGUUAUGAAUGGGUCACAAUUAAUGCAUGUGUCUAACUGUAAACCCAUAUGAAUGUAUGAGAUUGGUGGGUCCCUCAAAUGGAUGAGAUUGGUCUCUCUCUCUCUCUCUCUCUCUCUCUCUCUCUCUCUCUCUCUCUCUCUCUCCUCUCUCUCUCUCCUCUCUCUCACUCUCUCCUCUCUCUCUCUCUGUAGUGAGUGCCACAACUCCUCGGACCGGAUCAAGGUGCGGGUGUGGGAUGAGGAUGAUGACAUCAAGUCUCGGGUGAAGCAGAAGUUCAAAAAGGAGUCAGAUGACUUCCUGGGUCAGACCAUCAUCGAGGUCCGCACACUUAGCGGAGAGAUGGACGUCUGGUACAACCUGGGUCAGUACAGUCACAGUACAGGAGGAAAUAACCACUUGUUAAGCUAAUAAACCCAAUCAUUGAGCCUCUGACACUCCGGGUCCAUAUAAUCACUUUCUAGGUAUCCAUACGAUGAGGUUAAUUUGGGUGAACUAUCCUUUAAAAAAAUAUUUUAUAUAAGAUCAUUAUCAUAAUGGUUGAGGUCUUUAUUACAUUUACAUUUUAGUCAUUUAGCAGACGCUCUUAUCCAGAGCGACUUACAGUUAGUGAGUGCAUACAUUUUUCAUACUGGCCCCCCGUGGGAAUCGAACCCACAACCCUGGCGUUGCAAGCGCCAUGCUCUACCAACUGAGCUUCACUGUCAAAUAUAGUUGUUGUUAGGUUGACUGUGGUAUGUGUUGACUGAGACUCUUGUGUCUGGUCCCUCUCUGCAGACAAGCGUACAGACAAGUCAGCCGUGUCUGGUGCCAUCAGGAUGCACAUCAAUGUAGAGAUCAAAGGAGAGGAAACAGUCGCUCCGUAUCAUGUCCAAUACACCUGUCUGCACGAGGUAAGCUGUGUGUGUGUGUGUGUGUGUGUGUGUGAGAGAGAGAGAGAGAGAGAGAGAGAGAGAGAGAGAGAGAGAGAGAGAGGAGAGGAGAGAGAGGGAGAGAGAGAGGAGAGAGAGAGAGAGAGAGCCUGUGAUAGCAUGGGUGCCUGCCUGCAUACAGUAUGUGUCUGUGUGUGUGUGUGUCUGUUUGUGUGCGUGCGUGUGAUCGUGUACACGAGCCUGUGUAUGCUCCUGCCUUCAGGUGCCAAGUGAUGUUAAUAGCCCAGUCAUCUUGGUUCAUUUAGCUGACUGAUGCAGCAGUCUUUCAUUGAAGUGGCCUUUCAGAUGAAAUAGAGGUGUCACCGCCUGCAUUGCUCUAUCAAGAUAAAAACCACAUCAGAUAUAAAAUACCACAGAUAAUAUCUCUCCCUCUGACCUUCUUCAAAUAUGGAACUGUCUACCAUGUUGAUGCUAAAUGCUCAUUGCCCUAUAUCAAGGCAUUACUUGGUCUAAUAUCAGGACAUAGUUUGCAAACAGCAAACCUAACAAGAGCUACUAUUCAAUUGCACUGUAAAUACAGUUGAAGUCGGAAGUUUACAUACACCUUAGCCAAAUACAUUUAAACUCAGUUUUUCACAAUUCCUGACAGUUAAUCCAACUUCAACUCAUUAACAUCAUAGUCUAGAUUGAAUAACCUCUCUCUCUCGUUGGAGUGCAUGCUGGGAGUGAGUCAGUGGGUGCUAUCAUUGGGUAUGAUAGCAUAAAAUCAGCCUCAAGUAUGAAUAGCGCUGUAGUGAUAUUCUUAGAUUCCAUUGAAAAGGUGAAUACGAUAGUUGAGAGUGGUGUUGUGUUGCGGGAGUCACAGACGUCGGUAUUUCCUCUUAUGAAUCCUGCGAAGAAAGUUAUACUUUCUAAGGUGCCACCAUUUGUUAGAGAUGAAGUGUUGGAGCGAGAGUUAUCUCGUCAUGGUCAACGUGUAUCUACAAUAAAGAAGGUUCUUUUUGGAUGCAAAUCUCCUUUGCUGAAACAUGUCGUGUCUCAUAGGAGACAACUGUAUAUUAUUUUAAAGAAGGACACUGACGAACUGAAUGUAGCAUUCAGUUUUAAGAUUGAUGGAUUUGAUUAUGUCUUCUACGCUUCUACUGAAUCAAUGAAAUGCUUUGGCUGUGGAAGAGAGGUGGCAUUUGGUGCGUUAUUGUCCCGAGAACGAGCGCGCAGAGCCCGGUAGCAGCUCUAGUGCUGGUGCAGCUAAUGUACCACCGCGAAGGGAUGAACAUUCUAAGGGAGAAGGUGGGCAGAUGUGGUUGGAAAAGUAGGAAAGGAAAGCAGUGUGGCUACGGAGGCAAUUGUGGUAGAUCAGAACAAAGAGGGAGGGGAAACAGUCGGUGAGAUUGCGACUGCGGUCGGUGAGGUGGUGCUGGAAAAUGAAAUUGGAGGUCAAGAGGAGAUUGAAAUAAUGGAAAAGGAAGCAGCUGUUUUUAAAGUACCGAGGAGUAAGAGGAAGAAUUUAAGGGGUGAUGAAGGGUCUAAUUCUAAGAGGAGGGUAGAGAUUGAUAAAUCAAUUGAGGAUAAACAGGUUGUAGAGAUGGUGGAGUUUUCUUCUGGGGAGGAUGGCGAGAGUGAGUCAUCUGACGCGUCACAACAAAAUAGCGAGAUAAAUGGGGUGGAAGAGAGGUAUGGGAUUGAGAAGGUACGUCAAUUUCUGAAGUUGACAAAAGGGAAGAAAUAUAUGCAGGAUUAUAAUGUAACAGAUGUUUUUCCUGAAAGUGAAUUGUUUAUUGAAUCAGCAGGGUUUCUGAUGUCAAAAAUAACAGGGGGAGGUUUGACAAGCCCUGAAAUUGCUAGACUCAAGAAAGUGGUCACGAGAGUGAUAAGUGAUGUAAAUUCUAAAGAAAAUGAAAGAGUUCAGUCGCAGCCUUAACUCUGUAAAGAGAUGUGGUUUCUGUGUCUUCCUCUGUAUUUUUUUUCCCAUCCAUGAGCAGUUUUAAGAUGACUUCUUUAAACGUAAAUGGGGCGAGAGACGUAAAAAUUAAUAGCCAUAGUGUAUGAGUUAAUUAGGGGAAAGGGAAGUGACAUACGUUUUUUUUUACAAGAAACGCAUAGUAAUUUGGGAAAUGAAGUUAUGUAGCAACAGGAGUGGUGGGGGGGGGGACAGUGGUGUGUAGUCAUAAAAACUAAAAGUGGGGGUGUGGCCAUCUUGUUCUCAAAAGGGUUUUUGCCUUUGUCAUAUGAGGUUGAAGAGGUAGUUGAGGGGAGGUUAUUAAAAGUUAGAGCAAGGUAUGAAAACAUUAUGUGUCUGAUAAAUGUAAAUGCCCCAGUGGUGGCAGUUGAGAGGGUAUGUUUUUUAGAGACAUUAUCAAAUACCAUUGAGAAAUGUAAUACUGAAGAUUAUUUAUUUAUUGCUGGGGAUUUUAACUACACAGUCAGUGAUUUAGAUAGAAAUCACAAAGAACCUCAUAUAGCCUCAAGGACUUUUUUAAAACGCCUCAUUGUAACACAUAUUUGGCGAAGUCAACAUGGAGGCACGAGACAGUACACCUGGGCCCAUGUGAGAGAGAACACAGUAGUCAGUUGUCGGCAGGUAGCUUAGUGGUUAAGAACGUUGUGCCAGUAACCGAAAGGUCGCUGGUUCUAAUCCCCGAGCCGACUAGGUGAAAAAUCUGUCGAUGUGCCCUUGAGCAAGGCACUGAACCCUAGUCGCUCUGGAUAAGAGCGUCUGCUAAAUGACUUAAAAAGAACACCAUCUCUAUGGCCAGGUUAGAUAGGUUUUAUUGUUUUGAGCAUCAAUCUCAGGUCUGUAAAUCAAGUGUGAUAACCACAGUGGGAUUUUCUGAUCAUUGUUUAAUAACAGGUGGUGUUCAUUAACGCAGUAAAACCCAAAAGCGCAUACUGGCAUUUUAAUAUAACUUUAUUGAGUGAUGCUCACUUCAGGAAAUAUUUUAGUUUUUUCUGUGAGAGGUGGAGGUCUCAAAAGGCCAGUUUUGUAUCCCUUCAGCAGUGGUGGGAUAUAGGGAAAAUCCAGAUUCAACAAUUCUGUAAUUCAUACACGAGGAAUGUCACCAAAGACAUCACCAGAUCAAUGAAAUCCCUAGAGUCUGAAAUAGUGGAACUCCUGACGUUGGUUGAGACCACAGGAGAUCGAGGCCGUACUCAGGCCCUCAAGAGGAAAAAAACUGCAUUGGCAGACCUGCUGGGUAUCAGAACACAGGGGGCAUUGGUGAGAAGUAAGUUUCAGGGAAUCUCUGAAAUGGAUGCCUCAUCCACAUUUUUCUUUGGUUUAGAGAAAAAGAAUGGACAAAGAAGAAUUAUUCAUUGUCUCAAAUCAGCUGUUGGACAGGAGCUCACCAGCCCUAGUGAAAUUAGAAAGAGGGCAGUAGAGUUCUAUGCUGAGCUCUACAAGUGUGAGUACAAAGAGGAUAAAAACAGUGACACAGCAGUUCCUUGAUGGGCUCCCACAGGUGGCUGCAGAAGCUCAGGUUGAGCUAGAGCAACCAUUGUCUUUGCAGGAGCUAUACACUGCAUUAAAAGGCAUGGGAAAUGGAAGGGCACCAGGCAUUGAUGGGCUUCCCGUUGACUUUUUAAAGUGUUUUUGGGCUAUGUUGGGAGAGGAUUGGCUAACAGUAGUUAAUUAUAGUUUGACCGGAGGGUUACUACCGAUAAGCUGCAGAAGGGCUGUCCUCACCCUACUGCCCAAAAAGGGUGACCCAAGGGAAGUGAAGAACUGGAGGCCGGUGGCUUUAUUGUGCACUGAUGGGGGAGGUGAUGGGGCAAAUCAUACGGACCAGUCCUACUGUGUUCCCGGCAGGCAGAUAGGGGAUAACAUUUCUCUGAUUAUAGAUUUUUUGGACGUCUCUAGGGCUAUUGGGUUGGAUGCUGGUCUAAUUUCAAUUGAUCAGGAAAAGGCAUUUGACCGAGUUGAACAUCAAUACUUAUGGCACGCUUUUGAGGCAUUUGGUUUCAGCUCUGGUUUUAUUGCUAUGAUAAGGGUGAUAUAUGGGGACAUUUAAAGUGUAUUGAAAGUUAACGGUGGCUUGAGUGCUCCUUUUAAAGUGUGUAGAGGUAUUAGGCAGGGAUGUUCUUUGUCGGGAAUGUUAUAUGCCAUUGCUAUAGAGCCACUACUAAAUAGCAUUAGAAGUCGCAUUGAAGGGGUGUACCUUUCAGAGGAUAUUCAUCCUAUUCGUCUCUCAGCCUAUGCUGAUGAUGUAGUUAUUUUAGUGAAAAAUCAAGAGGAGGUGAAUAGUUUGAGUCUAAUGGUUAAUUGUUUUUAGGGGACUAUCCUCUGCAAAGGUAAAUUAGGAAAAAGGUUGUGCUUUAGAGAUUGGAGAAUGGUCUGGAGGGAUCAUGGCUUUGCCAGGGGGGCUGGAAUGGUGUAAGGGAGGUUUUAAGUAUCUUGGAGUGUACCUAGGAGAUGAGGGGACAAUGGAAAAAAAUUGGAUUGGGGUUGUUGAAAUGGUGGAAGGGAGGAGAUGGUGUUGGUUGUUAUCUCGUAUGUCAUAUAGGGGGCACACUAUUAUAGUUAACAAUGUGAUUGCCUCUGCACUGUGGCAUCGGUUGUCAGUUUUAGAGCCACCAUCUGGCCUUCUGGCUAAGAUACAGGCGAUUAUUGUAGAUUUAUUUUGGGAUAAAUAUCAUUGGGUUCCACAAAGUGUUUUGUAUUUGUCAAAAGAGGAGGGGGGACAAGGUCUUGUACAUCUUGCUAGUAGGGCUGCUGCUUUCCGGUUUCAGUUUAUUCAAAGGUUGCUUUAUGGACCGGAAAUGUGGUUUGGAGAUGGGUGGCAGGUCUUGUAUUACAGCAGGUUGGAGGAUUAGGUUUAAAGAAGGCUUUAUUUUUGGUUGAUAGUAGCCAGAUUUCUAGGGAGGGAGUACCUCAGUUUUACAGAGGCCUUCUUAGGGUGUGGAGCAUAAUGAAGGUGUCCAGACACACUUCAGCGGAGUCAGUGCAUUGGCUGUUGGAGGAACCUCUGGUGUACGGGGCAAGACUGGAUUGUACAACUGCAGCUGUUCCACAUUUCUCCAAGAUUCUGGUGAAGGGCAAAAUCAUCACCUUAAAACAGUUAAUGGCCAUGGCUCUGCCCACCUUAAUGUAUGGAAGACGGGUGGCUGAACAUUUGGGGGAGAUGUCGGAAAGGAUUGUCGGACAACUGGUGGGAAGCUGCAGGAAGGCUCUGUCAGCAGAAGAGUGGGGUAUGCUUAAAAGUCACAAGAAGAAGGUACAAGAUGAAAACCUCUCAUUUCCAAGACUAGGGAUUACAGCCAAUAUCACAGUCAGAAAGAAAGGCAUUAUUACUGGAUUUGAGAGGGUUGGAAGAGGUGGGUUUGGAUGAGGUGAAUGGGAAAGACUUAUAUAGGGGGUGUGUCAAGGUGUUGAAUAAAGAUACAUUGAAAAAUAGAAAAGACACUCCAUGGAGGGUAAAAUUGGGCAUUGAUGACAAGGUAAAGCCAGCAUGGAGAGCACUAUACAAGCCUCCGUUACAAAAGGGUACUGGGGAUAUGCAAUGGAGGGUUUUGCAUGGCAUCAUUUCAGUUAAUGCUUUUGUAUCUGUUAUUAACUCAGAUGUUGUAGAUGGAUGUCCUUUUUGUAAUAUAAGAGAAACAAUUUUUCACUGUUUUAUGGAGUGUGAGAGGAUAAAACCUCUCUUGGAAAUGCUGGAGUCUUUGUUUAAAGCUGUAGGGGAGAUUUUCAAUAACACUGUUUUUAUUUUGGGUUUCAAUAUAGUAAGCAAAAUAAAAUAAAAUGUAAACUGUUAAAUUUGAUUUUAGGACAAGCUAAGAUGUCAAUUUUUCUGAGUAGGAAACAUAACAUAGAAAUGGGAUAUGGGCAGGAUGUAAGAUGUGUUUUUAAAGUAUUAGUGAAAGCGAGAAUAAAAGUGGAUUUUGAGUUCUUCUUGGCUGUAAAAUAUCUCCCAUUGUUUGAGGAGAAGUGGGCUUACAAAGGAGCGUUUUUGUUUUGUGGAGGAGGGGAAACUAUUUUUUGUUGAUGAAAUGAGUUGAAUGUAUAUACAGUGAGGGAAAAAAGUAUUUGAUCCUCUGCUGAUUUUGUAAGUUUGCCCACUGACAAAGACAUGAUCAGUCUAUGAUUUUAAUGGUAGGUUUAUUUGAACAGUGAGAGACAGAAUAACAACAAAAAAAUCCAGAAAAACGCAUGUCAAAAAUUUUAGAAAUUGAUUUGCAUUUUAAUGAGGGAAAUAAGUAUUUGACCCCUCUGCAAAACAUGACUUAGUACUUGGUGGCAAAACCCUUGUUGGCAAUCACAGAGGUCAAACGUUUCUUGUAGUUGGCCACCAGGUUUGCACACAUCUCACGAGAGAUUUUGUCCCACUCCUCUUUGCAGAUCUUCUCCAAGUCAUUAAGGUUUCGAGGCUGACGUUUGGCAACUCGAACCUUCAGCUCCCUCCACAGAUUUUCUAUGGGAUUAAGGUCUGGAGACUGGCUAGGCCACUCCAGGACCUUAAUGUGCUUCUUCUUGAGCCACUCCUUUGUUGCCUUGGCCGUGUGUUUUGGAUCAUUGUCAUGCUGGAAUACCCAUCCACGACCCAUUUUCAAUGCCCUGGCUGAGGGAAGGAGGUUCUCACCCAAGAUUUGACGGUACAUGGCCCCGUCCAUCGUCCCUUUGAUGCGGUGAAGUUGUCCUGUCCCCUUAGCAGAAAAACACCCCCCAAAGCAUAAUUUUUCCACCUCCAUGUUUGACGGUGGGGAUGGUGUUCUUGGGGUCAUAAGCAGCAUUCCCCCUCCUCCAAACACGGCGAGUUGAGUUGAUGCCAAAGAGCUCCAUUUUGGUCUCAUCUGACCACAACACUUUCACCCAGUUCUCCUCUGAAUCAUUCAGAUGUUCAUUGGCAAACUUCAGACGGGCAUGUAUAUGUGCUUUCUUGAGCAGGGGGACCUUGCGGGCGCUGCAGGAUUUCAGUCCUUCACAGCGUAGUGUGUUACCAAUUGUUUUCUUGGUGACUAUGGUCCCAGCUGCCUUGAGAUCAUUGACAAGAUCCUCCCGUGUAGUUCUGGGCUGAUUCCUCACCGUUCUCAUGAUCAUUGCAACUCCACGAGGUGAGAUCUUGCAUAGAGCCCCAGGCCGAGGGAGAUUGACAGUUCUUUUGUUUUUCUUCCAUUUGCGAAUAAUCGCACCAACUGUUGUCACCUUCUCACCAAGCUGCUUGGCGAUGGUCUUGUAGCCCAUUCCAGCCUUGUUUAGAUCUACAAUCUUGUCCCUGACAUCAUUGGAGAGCUUUUUGGUCUUGGCCAUGGUGGAGAGUUUGGAAUCUGAUUGAUUGAUUGCUUCUGUGGACAGGUGUCUUUUUUGCAGGUAACAAGCUGAGAUUAGGAGCACUCCCUUUAAGAGUGUGCUCCUAAUCUCAGCUCGUUACCUUUAUAAAAGACACCUGGGAGCCAGAAAUCUUUCUGAUUGAGAGGGGGUCAAAUACUUAUUUCCCUCAUUAAAAUGCAAAUCAAUUUAUAACAUUUUUGUCAUGUGUUUUUCUGGAUUUUUUUUGUUUGUUAUUCUGUCUCUCACUGUUCAAAUAAACCUACCAUUAAAAUUAUAGACUGAUCAUUUCUUUGUCAGUGGGCAAACGUACAAAAUCAGCAGGGGAUCAAAUACUUUUUUCCCUCACUGUAUAUGCUUUAGUAUUUAAAUUUUUAUUUAAUUUUUUUUUGUUUUAAUUUUUAUUUUGGAAUUACAUUUUUUUUUUUAAUUUUUUUUUUUUUUUUUUUUUUUUUUUUUUUUUUUUUAGUCAUUUAGCAGACGCUCUUAUCCAGAGCGACUUACAGGAGCAAUUAGGGUUAAGUGCCUUGCUCAAGGGCACAUCGACAGAUUUUUCACCUAGUCGGCUCGGGGAUUAGAACCAGCGACCUUUCGGUUACUGGCACUAUGCUCUUAACCACUAAGCUACCUGCCGCCCUCAUUUGUUGUUUCAUUUCUGAAAAGGCAGUGUGCCAUUCUUUGUGUUAACACUUGAGUAUAAAAUAAAGGUUUUAUAAAAACUCAAAACUCUCUCUCUCUCUCUCUCUCUCUCUCUCUCUCUCUCUCUCUCUCUCUCUCUCUCUCUCCUCUCUCUCUCUCUCUCCUCUCCUUUCUACUCGCUCUCUCCUCCGUCUCUCGUCUCUCCCCCUCUCUCUUCUCUCUCUCUCUCGCUCCCUCCUCUCCUCUCCGUCUCUCUCUCAUGCUCGCUAUACUCUCUCUCUCUCUCUCUCUCUCUACAGAACCUCUUCCACUUUGUCACAGAUGUGCAGAGCUCUGGUGCUGUGAAGAUUCCUGAUGCUAAAGGGGAUGAUGCAUGGAAGGUGUACUUUGAUGAGACUCCUCAGGAGAUAGUGGAUGAAUUUGCCAUGCGUUACGGAGUGGAGUCAAUCUAUCAGGCUAUGACGUGAGCUCAAACUUAGUACCCUACACACCCUGUCACUGACACUCAGCAAUAGCAUACACAUUGUCAGAUUGUAAUGUAAUGUAUUAAGAGAUCACCUAGUGUAUGGUGUUUAGGAUGAUACUGUGGUACACCCUUAACAUCACAAGGGAAUGCAUGGGCUUUAUCAGAGUCAGCUUCAUUAAUACCAAAGUGAUAGUGUUUAUGCCGUGUGUGUGUUCUCCCACAGUCACUUUGCCUGCCUGUCGUCUAAGUAUAUGUGCCCUGGGGUUCCCGCGGUAAUGAGUACCCUGCUGGCCAACAUCAAUGCCUACUACGCCCACACCACCCAGGCCACCAACAACGUGUCGGCCUCCGACCGUUUCGCCGCAUCCAACUUCGGGGUGAGUCGCCCCUUCCCCAUUGAAGUUUAAAUGUAAAAUGGUUAGGGUUAGGGAAGGGUUAUGGUUAAGGUUAGUGUAAGGGUAGGGGUAGGGGUUAAGGUUAGGGUUAAGGUAGGGACGUCCCAAGGAUUCCAGAUAGCACUAACCAAUUAAUGAGGGAUGGAUAGAGAUGCAAUGCCUCAACUUAAUGUUUAAGGUGAGCCAAUGGAUAUGCUAGCUCUUAGGCUAAUGUGUUGUGGCGUGUUUUUGUUAUUUCAGAAAGAACGAUUUGUGAAGCUCCUAGACCAACUCCACAACUCCCUUAGGAUUGAUCUGUCCAUGUACCGGGUAGGCUACUCUUGACUCCCGCUCUCGCUCUCGCUCUCGCUCUCGCUCUCGCUCUCGCUCUCGCUCUCGCUCUCGCUCUCGCUCUCGCUCUCGCUCUCUCGCUCUUGCUCGCUCCCUCUCGCUCGCUCUCUCUCUCUCGAAACAAAAUUAUUGUUUGUGUCUGCACCUCUCUUCUCUCUAAUUUCUCUGUCGCUCACAGACACAAAUACACACUCUCUCUCUCUCCCUCUCUCUCUCCCUCUCUCUCUGUGUGAUGUGAGAAAGGAGGCUGAGGUGUUAAUUGGGCUGACGUCUCGUCAUACACACACAGGGUCAGUGAGGUGAAGAGUUGAGGGUUUUAGUCUGGCCUGAAAUCAAUGGCGGAGAGAGACUGCUUCUUCAGCACCACAGCUUUGGCCAGAUUAUACAACCUUGUCUACACACACACACACACACACAAACACACACACACACACACACACACACACACACACACACACACACACACACACCUCACUGUAGAUCUAUCAUCUGUGUUUAACAGAAUAACUUCCCAGCCAGCAGUCCUGAGAGGCUGCAGGACCUCAAGUCUACUGUGGACCUGCUCACCAGCAUCACCUUCUUCAGGAUGAAGGUAACUCUCUCUUCUCUCUAUUCUAUCUUCUCUUUCAUUUCACUCCAUCCGCUCCUUGGAUCACCUCUACUUUGCUCUGGUUGGUACCGCAUGUAUCCAUUCUUGUUUACGCUGUACAGUAUCGCUACACUACAUGCUCUUUUCAGACAUGCAUCUUCACUGAGUUCCUUUGACCCAGUGUGCUUAUAUGGGGCUUUCCCAGUCUCAGUAACUUCUUAAUCUGUCUGUGUCUGUGUGUCUGUCCUCAGGUCCAGGAGCUACAGAGUCCCCCCAGAGCCAGUCAGGUGGUGAAGGACUGUGUCAAGGCCUGUCUCAACUCCACCUACGAAUACAUCUUCAACAACUGCCACGAACUCUACAGCCGCGAGUACCAGACAGACCCAGUGAGUUUGUGUGUGUGUGUGUGCGCGUACGUGCAUUUGUGUGUGCUGUGUGAAGGUGUGUGUGUGUGUGUGUUUCUCUGUCCGUGUCAUUAGCACCUCAGGUGGUCUCCAUCAAGCACAGGAUUUAUAUAUGGAUUUACAAACCUUGUUUUUGCCUCGUUAAAGUGGAGCGAUUCAUUCCGACUCCCUUCAUGAAUUUCAAAAGCCCAUUUUUCAUUUGAAUAAAACAUUCCAUCCUGAGGUGCUUUGCAAUAUUUUGUUAAAUCUUCAGUUCAUUCUUCAGUUUGAAACCCUGCGGUGGUAUGGAUACUUUUUUCUGACUUUGUCAGCUCUCUUCAGAGGACUAAACUAGCUACAUGUGGUUUAAUGGGUUCAUCAGCUCAUUAGAGUAGCGAAGAGAUAUAUAUCAUUAGAGUUGAGUGGUAGCGAAGAGAUAUAUAUAUAUAUAUAUAUAUAUAUAUUGGACAAACUACGAUAGUAUCUACAAUAGUAGCCCAUGUGAUAGUAUCCCAGUGACUGAGUGUGUUGUUGUUUUGUCCAGGCCAAGCCAGGAGUGGUCGCUCCAGAGGAGCAGGGUCCCAGCAUCAAGAACCUGGACUUCUGGUCCAAACUCAUCACCCUCAUCGUGUCCAUCAUAGAGGAGGACAAGAACUCCUACACACCCUGCCUCAACCAGUGAGUCUGUCACUCUCUCUAGCCAUUUCAGUCUGUUUCACUGUCUCUCUCUCUCUCUCUCUUUCUGUCUCCCUCCACCUUUACAUCCAUAUGUAACUCUGUGUCUGUUUCUUACCAUCUGCCACACACAGGUUUCCUCAGGAGCUCAACGUGGGUAAAAUCAGUGCUGAGGUGAUGUGGAACCUGUUUGCUCAGGAUAUGAAGUACGCCAUGGAGGGUGAGCACUGAAUAAUGUUGCACCUCACCACACUGGUGGUCUAGAUCUGUCCUAGCAGUUGUCUUCUUCUAUUUUUAUGGGGCUGUUAUCGUGCGUUUGGCUCGUGGGCAGUUUGUCAGAGCCUAAGGGCUUUUCUUCAUUAGCCAGUUAGCGCUGCAUGCUGGAGAAUAGAUCAAUCCUCCGGGCUCAUUUGUUCUUUAAUGAAGUGCUUUGUCUUCCAUAUCUCUCUCUCUCUUUUUGCUCCCCUCUCUCCCUCUCUCAUUCUCUCCCCCUCUCUCUCACUCGCACUCUUUUCUCUUUCCUCUCUCUUUCUCUCUCUCUCGCUCUUUCUAUCUCUCGCUCAACUCUCAGAGCAUGAAAAGAACCGCCUAUGUAAGAGUGCAGAUUACAUGAACCUCCACUUCAAGGUCAAGUGGCUGUACAACGAGUACUGCAAAGACCUGCCCUUCUUCAAGAGCCAUGUGCCUGAGUACCCUGCGUAAGGGCCACCUGUGCCAUCAAGACACACACUCACAUUAAAACACGCACAUGUAUACACACAGGCACACACACAUACACACAUGCAAACACUCACACACACACACACACACACACACACACACACACACACACACACACACACCACACACACACACACACACACAUAUACACACACACACUACCCCCCUGGUACUAUACAGCACUGCCCAUAAACAGCGACAGGUUUUCUCUAAGACCCCAGAAGUAGUUUGAAAUCAAAAGUUCCAGUGGGGUUGAUUCAAAUUAAUCCACCCCUGUGUGAUGUCUCCUAGGUGGUUCGAGCCGUUUGUCAUCCAGUGGUUGGACGAGAACGAGGAAGUGUCUCGAGACUUCUUGCACGGUGCACUGGAGAGGGACAAAAAGGACGGGGUAAACUCUUCUCCUUAUGUACUCAAAAUGAAAGUUGCAUUGGUUGUGGCAGAAUGAAAGUAAUCCCUUCCUUUGUAGCUCCUCACUAAUCCUCCUAGUUAUCAGGCAGACUUCUCCUCCUCCGCCUCUCCAGCACUCAUCAAAGACUUUCCUGAGACAAUGGAUGCCGAAGCACAGAUGUUGCGGGGGGACUCGAGCUCAAAGUAGAAAGUAGGGAGUUUAAAAUACAAAGAGACGUUCUCAGAAAGUAGAAAGAGACUAUAAAUACAUUUGUACAGACUCUUCUCAGGUAGGGAGAUAAAGUCUGACUAUACCAGCCUGUGGAUUAAUGAGCUCUGUUCCCAACCAGUGGGAGCUGCCCUUCCCUCAUUACCCAGCAGCACCUGGGGGAGCCACCACAGACUCACCUCUGGCCAAUUAGAGGCAGACAGACAGACAGACCCACCUGACUCGGUCAUCUGUCUGGACUGUUGUGGUCCUCUCAGACCAAUCCAGACCAUACCACAACUAUCAUAUCUAUUUACUCUCUCAGAGCUCAGUGGUCCAGCAGCCCACACACCAUCUCUCUUUUCUCCUCCCUCUCUCAGAGCUCAGUGGUCCAGCAGCCCACACACCAUCUCUCUUUUCUCCUCCCUCUCUCAGAGCUCAGUGGUCCAGCAGCCCACACACCAUCUCUCUUUUCUCCUCCCUCUCUCAGAGCUCAGUGGUCCAGCAGCCCACACACCAUCUCUCUUUUCUCCUCCCUCUCUCAGAGCUCAGUGGUCUAGCAAACCAAACAACCUCUCCCUCUCUUCCUCCCCCCUCGCGCUCCCCUGAUGUUAACAAUCCAUGGCCUCUGUCCCCCAAUCAUAAUGGUAUCUCUACUCCUCUCCGCUUCUCUGCUAAGGACCACUCUCUCCUCUUCCUCUCUUCCUUCCUCUCUCUCAGCUGAGGAAGACUCUUUCCUCUCUUUUUCCUCUCUUUCCAGUCUCUCUCUCCUCUCCUCCCCUCUCUCUCUUAAUGUUCUCUCUCUCUCCUUUCCCACUACAGUUCCAGGUGACUUCGGAGCAUGCUCUGUUCUCCUGCUCCGUGGUGGAUGUCUUCUCUCAGCUCAACCAGAGCUUUGAGAUCAUCCGCAAGCUGGAGUGUCCCGACCCCCAGAUCGUAGGCAACUACAUGAAACGCUUCGCCAAGGUACACAACAGUAUUCUACACACUAUAGCCACUUCAUUCAUGGCUUCAUGAUGGUAAGCUGAGUCACAGAGACAGUGGUUGACAUAUUCCUUUCUCCUCCUGCUCUCUCCUCAGACAAUCGGCAACGUUCUCCUGUCCUACUCGGACAUUAUCUCCAAGUGCUUUGCUAACUAUGUCAACAUGGAGAAAGUGGUGAGUGUCCAAUGACAGGACGUGACAUGUUUGGUGGGGAUGCACAUCAGUAUAGUGUAGUGUUGGGGCUCCCGAGUGGCGCAGCGGUCUAAGGCACUGCAUCGCAGUGCUAGAGGCGUCGCUACAGACCCGGGUUCGAUCCUGGCCUGUAUUACAACCGGCCAUGAUCGGGAGUCCCAUAGGGUGGCGCACAAUUGGCCCAGCGUCGUCCGGGUUAGGGGAGGGUUUGGCCGGGGGGAGUUUACUUGGCUCAUCGCGCUCUAGUGACUACUUGUGGCGGGCUGGGUGCCUGCAGGCUGACCUCGGUCAUCAGUAGAACUGUGUUUCCUCCGACAUAUUGGUGCGGCUGGUUUCCGGGUUAAGCGGGCAGGUGUUAAGAAGCGCGGUUAGGCAGGUCAUGUUUCGGAGGACGCAUGACUCGACUUUCGCCUUCCGAGCCCGUUGGGGAGUUGCAGCGAUGAGACAAGAUCGAAAUUAGGGAGAAAAAGGUAUAGUGUAGUGUUUGUACAUUUCAGUGAAAAUGUGUGGUAUUUGGAUAGUGUAGUGGAUAAUGACUUUGUGUUGUUUGCAGCCAUGCAUCCUGAUCAACAACAUCCAGCAGCUCAGAGUUCAACUGGAGAGGAUGUUUGAAGCCAUGGGAGGAAAGGAUGUGAGUGACUCUCUUAUCCGUGUUUGCCCCCAGUAUAUAUCUGAGUAUGUGUGUGUUCCUGUGUGUGUGUGUGUAUGCGUGUGUUUGUUUGUCUUUCUGACUGAACUGGUUUCUCUGCUGAGUGCUUCUAUUCUCUCUGACUGACCGUCUGUUUGUUGGGGAAUGUUUCUGUCUGCCUGCUGAGAGCUCUGUGUGAGAGCCCUGGUGCUCUGCCAGUUUCACUGACACUCUGUGUAUGUGUGUGUGUGUGUGUGAGUGUGUGUGUGCAUGUGCGCGUGUGUGUGUGCAUGUGUGUGUGUGUGUGCACGUACGUGCGUGUUUGUGUGUGUAUGGUGUGUGUGUGUGCGUGGGUGUGUGUGUACAUGUAUCUAUUGGUGUGUGUGUGUGUGUGUGUGUGUGUGUGUGUGUGUGUGUGUGUGUGUGUGUGUACAUGACUGUGUGUGUGUUUCAGCUGUGCAAGGAGGCCAGUGACUUCCUGAAAGACCUGCAGGUGAAGCUAAACACUGUGAUGGAUGAUCUCAGCAGGAUCUUUUCUGUCAGGUGAGCUGGGCACACUGCUGGGCACUGCCAGGCAACAGACGGGCAUCAAACAGCCAUUCCAACUACUCAUACUCGCCAACUCCAAUAUGUAUUUCAUUAAUAUCACAGAGGCUUUCUCUCCUUGCUACAUAGUCUCAUCCGAAUAUGUCAAAAUAGUGACAUUUAACCAUUUUAUGUCACUUCAGCUGACAUAUUAGUUAUGUCAGCGUGUGUGUGUGUGCGUGCGUGUAGUUUCCAGCCACAGAUUGAGGACAAUGUGAAGCAGAUGGGAGACAUCCUUGGCCAGGUGAAGGGGACCAAAGUGGGGGCUAACAACUGCAGCAGUGUGGCCCAGGACGCUGACAACGUUCUGCAGCCUAUCAUGGACUUCCUGGACAGCAAGUGAGAGAGAGUUGUCCUGUAAUGUUGCUAAUCACUUUCUGGCUGCAGUCUCGAUUUCUUUCUUGAUUUCCAGUCUCUUUUCCAGUCUUUUUUCCAGUCUCUAUUCCAGUCUCUAUUCCAGUCUCUUUUGAUCUUGCUGUCUUCUUCCCACUCUCUCUUUCAACUCAUCUCUCCUUUCUUUUCUUCUCCUUUUUCUUCCUCUCUUUCUGUGUCUCCUCUGUCAUCUCUCUCUCUCUUGGUAUUUAGCACAAUUUCUUGUCAUUUAGCAGACGCUCUUAUCCAGAGCGAAUUACAGGAGCAAUUAGGGUUAAGUGCCUUGCUCAAGGGCAUAUCGACAGAUUUUUCAUCUAGUCGGCUCUGGGAUUAGAACCAGCGAUCUUUCGGUUAUUGGCACAACGCUCUUAACCACUAAGCUAAUCUUGGCUGGAGCGCUAUGUUGGACUCCAUUCUGUCGCUCAUUAUUUCUCCCCUCCCUCGCUCCUCCCUCGCUCCUCCCUCCUCCCUCCCUCCCUCCCUCCCUCCCUCCCUCCCUCCCUCCCUCCUCCUCCCUCCCUCCCUCCCUCCCUCCCUCGCUCCUCCCUCCCUUCCUCCCUCGCUCCUCCCUCGCUCCUCCCUCCCUUCCUCCCUCGCUCCUCCCUCUACCUUCGCUCUGUCUCCUGCCAGCCUGACGCUGUUUGCUAAGAUCUGUGAGAAGACGGUGCUGAAACGUGUUCUAAAGGAGCUGUGGAAGCUGGUGAUGAACACUAUGGAGAAGACCAUCGUCCUGCCCCCUCUCACCGACCAGACGGUAGGAACACACACCCUUCACACACACACAUGCACGCAGUCACACACACACACACAUGCACGCAGUCACACACACACACACACACUCACAUGCACGCAGUCACACAUUCUUUGAUACACACACACACAGCCCACACUACCAACUGCUACACAGGCACAAACCACUUCUCAGUAUGGGAUGGGAACCAAGACAGAUCAGAGUUAUUUUUAGUCAAGGGAUUCAUGCUCUGAUAUGUGGUAUGUGAGGGAGAUAUAUUGAAUAUUUUAUCUGUUCUGAGUACAGUAUUAGGUACAGUGAAUCCUCUCCCACAGACGCACACAGUGAGCAGCCAGGACAGCCAUUAGACAGGGGAGAAGUAGGGCUGAGAUGGCGGACAUUUUGUCUACAUCAUAAGAUGCUUACAAGUGACUGUAUAAGAAUAGAUCUGAUUAGGGCUUCUUAAUUAAUGAUGGGCCUGAUACGCCCCUCUCCCCAGCCCCCUAGGCCACAUACAAAAAGACCCCACUCUUCCAUUCACUCAAUAGAUUUAGGGUGAAACACAAAAGUGGAAGUAGGAAGGAUGCACCAUAUCAUUCUAACCCCAGUGGAGCCUUUCAUGUUGGAAAGCAGCUGGUAUUUAUUUUGUUUUUGAUAUAUCUGUUCUCAUUUUUAUUUGGUAACAAAAGAGCCUCACAUCAUUCUAUAGUAGAAUGGUUGCCCUGUAUCUCUAUCAGUAAGACCCCCCCAGUGUGGGUCAGUCCCCGGUCCCUCUCUCAGCUCUCCCACAGGGGCAGAGACAGGGUCCAGGGGGGGUGUUACAGUACCAGUCUCAGUGUUUUGGGUCACUCUGUCCCUUCCAUCUGAUAUGUGUAUUACUGCUGCUUGGAGGAUUGAUCUGGGGCUCUUUGCAGCGUCACUGACCCUCCUUUCUGGUUAUUACAUCCUGCUCCCACUGCUCUUCCUCCACAGAUGAUUGUAAGUACGGCACUCCUGCGUGUCAGUGUGUCUGUCUGUCCCACAGUUCGUUAGUGCAAGGUGGUCAGUCAUCUGCUAUAUGUGGCUGCAAACUGUCCCCCCUUCUCCCCCCACAUCCUCACUCCUCCUAUCUGUCUCUCUGUCUUCCACUUGCUCUGUUGUUCCUCUCCUCCUCUCUCUGUUCUCCUCUCUUCUCCUGUCCUCCUCCUCUCUCUGUUCUCCUCUCUUCUCCUGUCCUCCUCCUCUCUCUGUUCUCCUCUCUUAUUAUUAUUAUAUUAUUCUCCUGUCCUCCUCCACCUCUGUCUCUCUCUCUGAGGUGACAGCUGCAUGGUACAUUCCUGACUGACUCAGAUCAGGCCCCACUCUCCCCCAUAUGAACCCUCCAAUCGGGCGCCCCCCUGCCUCCCACUGCUCUUCGCCCUGCCCCACCCCCUCUUUGCUCUCUCUCUCUCACACUCUCCUGUAUCUGGGAUGUGGCACUUCUCUGGCUCCCAGUGUUGCCUUGUUCUUCUCUUGCAUAUUGUCCCAGGACUCCACCCUCCCCCCACCUGUUACCUGUUUGAAGUGUGUCCCCCUGCCCAAUGUUGGUUUGUUGCUUGUAUCUGAUCUACUCCAACUUCCCUGUAGUAAUUCUGCCAGUAUGUCUCUGCAGGCCUGCUGUGUUGAUCUGUCCUGGUUUGGUUCCAUGUCCUGUUGUUAUAGAAUGAUAGUCAUAAUAGCAUAGUGAUAAGCUAAGGUAUAUACUUUCACCAAGGCUGGUCUAUACCAGAAGUAGUAUUCUACACUUGUGGGGUUUAGGAUUGGUGACACACACACAUACAGUAGACAUAUGUCUGAGAACACACUUCUGCUCUAACGCACAAAAACCCUCUCAAUGCUUUAAAUGUUGUUGUGUUUUCUCAAUUUUAUCAUCCAUGGUCUGUAAAAUCUGGAAAAAAAUUUUUUUUACUUACUUUUCUAGAAUAGCUUGAAUUUUUUUCUAACAUUGUUUAAAAAUAUAUAUUUAAAUGUUUUAAUCUCUCUGGUGGAGGUGUUGCUGGCCGUCAGUGGCCUGUCUUCUUUAUCUGAAGCUAGUAUGGGCUCAUUACCAAGACUGCUCAUACUGAUAUAGACCUAACUAACUGUAGGCUAAACUUAAAGAAACUCUUAAGGACAAUGAUCAAACAUAGACCUCUGGAAUACAUUAUGUUGAUCCAUCAAUUUUGAUCUGUAGAUUUUGCUAGAUUACAUUAUCUGACCCAUUAGAAAUGAAAACUAGGACUGAUUGGCUUUGAACCAUAACCAUUAACCUAGCAGAUGGACAGUUACUAAGAUGUCUGCUCCAUUAGUCAGUCAGACAAUCAAACUGUGGGGACAGGUCCCUUCCUGAUGUAUUAACCAAUGUCCUCUCUUUACAGGGGAGGGUGAAGCUUGCUUGUCACAGUGAUGUAAGGACUAAACCCACUCUAGCUCAAUGUGUCUUCUCUCCUCUAUGUCUCUUUUCUCUGGUGUUUUCUCGCCUCUCCGUCCGAUACAAAGCAGUGGAAGCGAUCGUUUCUCACUUUUAGUUUUUUAAAUGGCGUUCCUCUUUGCCAGUUUACCGUACAGUUCUGUCUGUUGUAGUCCACCACCUGUAGACGUACCUGGAGCUACCUGCAUCCCAGCCUCCACACAGACCAAGUACUGCUGGACACAUGGAGGGUUGACGUUACAGUACAUACUGUUAGCACACUAACAAACACCCCAUAGGACAGGACUGCUGUAGGCCCGUUGCCUGACCUUGACCUCUGUUCCUCAACCGACUGGCAUUGAACGUCCAUGAUGGCAUAAACUAUUUGAUAAGCCACAUUUAUGAGAUGAGAGUGGAACCCUUCUUGGUAUUAUCCUUUUGUAGGAUGAUAAUGGUUCUCUGAGUCUUUGGACAGCCAUUUUUGUUUGUUUAGUCUGUUCUCUGUUUAAAGAGUGUUCUCUUCGAGAUAAGGUGUAGCCCCAGAGUGGUGGGUGCUGUGUGGUAUUAGUGAGUGAUCACUUAGUGAUAUACUUUGCUAACAGAGGAUCACAGAGUCGUCAUAGAUACGGGAUAUAUCACCACAGUGCUACUGCGAAGGCUGUGGGCUUGCUGGCUUGGUUGAACCUUUGCAUUCACUGUCUGUCUGUGUGUGUGUGUGUGUGUGUGUGUGUGUGUGUGUGUGUGUGUGUGUGUCUGUGUCUGUGUCUGUGUCUGUGUCUGUGUCUGUGUCUGUGUGUGUGUGUGUGUGUGUGUGUGUGUGUGUGUGUGUGUGUGUGUGUGUGCGAGUGUGCGAGUGUGUGUCUCUGUGUGUGUGUGUGCUCUUACAAUAAGCUGAACUCCUGUCUUCUCUUGCUGUGUGUGUGUGUGUGCGUGUGUGUGCGUGUUUGUGAGAAAGAUAAUGACUAGUAUGAUAGCUAGUAUUUUUGAAAGUCCUGUAAUGUGUUGAGUGAGUUUUGGAAUGUGAAUGUGAGUGACUCAGAACUGUCUGUCUUUUGUGAUGUGACGGUUAUCUGUGUGACUGCUACCCUGUGUCGUGACCAUAAUGAAGCCCUCUUCUCUCUGUUUAUACCUCUGCUUGCCUCUAGGGCACUCAGCUCAUCUCCAACGCUGCCAAGCAGCUGGGACAGCUCUCCAAGAUAAAGGUACCACACAUCUUGUCUCGUGCAACAUUAGUACUGUCUGCAUUUAAAAGUUCUGUAUUUGUAUUGUUAACCUGUCUGUGGGUGUGUUCCUCAGGAGCACAUGGGUCGUGAGGAGGCCAAAGCCCUGUCCCCUAAGCAGUGUGCUGUGAUAGAACUGGCCCUGGACACCAUCAAGGUACAACCCAAAACUCCUGUCUUUCUCCUGAACCUAAGCACACACACACACACACACACACACACAUAGAAACACACACACACACACUUUGACCAGAUCGCCUACGACUGUUUAAAAUAUACAUCAUAUUAUAUCAUGAAUAGAGUGGUUAAUUUUAGGCCUUCCAUUGAAGUCAGUAAAAGUGUUGGCCUUGGGCUAGUACAGUUAAACAACCCUAAUCUAUAAAAAAUAUUUUCAAGAUGGAUGAAAGCCUCAUUUUCCCAGCCAUGCUCUGUCUAACUGUAGCAGACAGGUCUAUGAUUCAGUGUGAGAAGGUUUCCUAUGUGGCCUGUGUAGUGUGAUUUAAGGCAGAUUAAGCUGAGGUAAAUUAGGCUAAUUUGUAACGGUCAUUUGAAUAAGGGCUUGUCAGUGAGCCAAUGGCAACUACUGCUCUGCCUGAUUCCUAGAGUGUAGUUUGCCUGUGUAGUACUAAACCACUCUGUGUUAACAUAGUAGUGUAUCAGGAAACGUCAAGGUGUGGCUAUCAGAAAAAUGUUGUAGGAAUGAAAUGGCUGUAUAAAGUCUGAAAUGUAUCUGCAUGUAGUUUAUUUCAGGGACAUACAGGUAUGGGUAUUAUAAUGCAUACUCAACACACUUCAGCCUAGUUUGGAAACAGCUAUAGUCUGACUCUGUCAUCUCUCUCUCUCUAUCUCUCUCUCUCUCCUCUCUCUCUCUUCUCUCUCUCUCUCUCUCUCUCUCUCUCUCUCUCUCUCUCUCUCUCUCUCUUUCUCUUUCUCUCUCUCUCUCUCUCUCUCUGGCGUACUGUAGCAAUACUUCCAUGCUGGAGGGGUGGGUCUGAAGAAGACAUUUCUGGAGAAGAGUCCUGACCUGUUGUCUCUACACUACGCCCUGUCCCUCUACACCCAGGCCACAGACAAACUCAUCAAGACUUUUGUUUCAUCUCAGAUCGCACAAGGUAGGGUGCCUGUCCAACCCCUCUUUUCCCCCUGUUUCUCUCUCUCUCUCUCUCAAUUCAAUUUCAAUUUAAGGGCUUUAUUGGCAUGGGAAACGUGUGUUAACAUUGCCAAAGCAAGUGAAGUAGAUAGUAAACAAAAGUGAAAUAAACAAUAAAUAUUAACAGUAAACAUUACACUCAGAAGUUUCAAAAGAAUAAAGACAUUUCAAAUGUCAUAUUAUGUAUAUAUACAGUGUUGUAACAAUGUGCAAAUAGUUAAAGUACAAAUGGGAAAAUAAAUAAACAUAAAUAUGGGUUGUAUUUACAAUGGUGUUUGUUCUUCACUGGUUGCCCUUUUCUUGUGGCAACAGGUCACAAAUAUUGCAGCUGUGAUGGCACACUGUGGUUUUUCACCCAGUAGAUAAGGGAGUUUAUCAAAAUUGGGUUUGUUUUCAAAUUCUUUGUGGAUCGCUGUAAUCUGAGGGAAAUAUGUGUCUCUAAUAUGGUCAUACAUUUGGCAGGAGGUUAGGAAGUGCAGCUCAGUUUCCACCUCAUUUUGUGGGCAGUGUGCACAUAACCUGUCUUCUCUUGAGAGCCAGGUCUGCCUACGGCGGCCUUUCUCAAUAGCAAGGCUAUGCUCACUGAGUCUGUACAUAGUCAAAGCUUUCCUUAAGUUUGGGUCAGUCACAGUGGUCAGGUAUUCUGCCACUGUGUACUCUCUGUUUAGGGCCAAAUAGCAUUCUAGUUUGCUCUGUUUAUUUGUUUGUUCUUUCCAAUGUGUCAAGUAAUUCUCUUUUAGUUUUCUCAUGAUUUGGUUGGGUCUAAUUGUGUUGUUGUUGUUGUUGUUGUUGUUGUCCUGGGGCUGUGUGGGGUCUGUUUGUGUUUGUGAACAGAGCCCUAGGACAAGCUUACUUAGGGGACUCUUCUCCAAGUUAAUCUCUCUGUAGGUGAUGGCUUUGUUAUGGAAGGUUUGGGAAUCGCUUCCUUUUAAGUGGUUAUAAAAUUUAACGUCUCUUUUCUGGAUUUUGAUAAUUAGCGGGUAUUGGCCUAAUUCUGCUCUGCAUGCAUUAUUUGGUGUUUUACGUUGCAGAGUCUCAAUUUGGUGUUUGUCCCAUUUUGUGACUUCUUGGUUGGUGAGCGGACCCCAGACCUCAGAACCAUAAAGGGCAAUGGGUUCUAUAACUGAUUCAAGUAUUUUUAGCCAGAUCCUAAUUGGUAUGUCAAAUUUUAUGUUCCUUUUGAUGGCAUAGAAGGCCCAUCUUGCCUUGUCUCUCAGAUCGUUCACAGCUUUGUGGAAGUUACCUGUGGCACUGAUGUUUAGGCCGAGGUAUGUAUAGUUUUUUGUGUGCUCUAGGGCAACGGUGUCUAGAUGGAAUUUGUAUUUGUGGUCCUGGCAACUGGACCUUUUUUGGAACACCAUUAUUUUUGUCUUACUGAGAUUUACUGUCAGGGCCCAGGUCUGACAGAAUCUGUGCAGAAGAUCUAGGUGCUGCUGUAGGCCCUCCUUGGUUGGUGACAGAAGCACCAGAUCAUCAGCAAACAGAAGACAUUUUACUUCAGAUUCUAGUAGGGUGAGGCCGGGUGCUGCAGACUGUUCUAGUGCCCUCGCCAAUUCAUUGAUAUAUAUGUUGAAGAGUGUGGGGCUUAAACUGCAUCCCUGUCUCACCCCACAGCCCUGUGGAAAGAAAUGUGUGUGUUUUUUGCCAAUUUUAACCGCACACUUGUUGUUUGUGUACAUGGAUUUUAUAAUGUCGUAUGUUUUUCCCCCAACCCCACUUUCCAUCAAUUUGUAUAGCAGACCCUCAUGCCAAAUUGAGUCAAAAGCUUUUUUGAAAUCAACAAAGCAUGAGAAAACUUUGCCUUUGUUUUGGUUUGUUUGUUUGUCAAUUAGGGUGUGCAGGGUGAAUACAUGGUCUGUCGUACGAUAAUUUGGUAAAAAGCCAAUUUGACAUUUGCUCAGUACAUUGUUUUCACUGAGGAAAUGAACUAGUCUGCUGUUAAUGAUAAUGCAGAGGAUUUUCCCAUGGUUGCUGUUGACGCAUAUCCCACGGUAGUUAUUGGGGUCAAAUUUGUCUCCACUUUUGUGGAUUGGGGUGAUCAGUCCUUGGUUCCAAAUAUUGGGGAAGAUGCCAGAGCUAAGGAUGAUGUUAAAGAGUUUAAGUAUAGCUAAUUGAAAUUUGUGGUCUGUAUAUUUUAUCAUUUCAUUGAGGAUACCAUCAACACCACAGGACUUUUUGGGUUGGAGGGUUUGUAUUUUGUCCUGUAGUUCAUUCAAUGUAAUUGGAGAAUCCAGUGGGUUCUGGUAGUCUUUAAUAGUUGAUUCUAAGAUUUGCAUUUGAUCAUGUAUAUAUUUUUGCUGUUGUUCUCUGUUAUAGGGCCAAAAAGGUUGGAGAAGUGGUUUACCCAUACAUCUCCGUUUUGGAUAGAUAGCUCUUCGUGUUGUUGUUUGUUUUCCAAUUUUCCCAGAAGUGGUUAGAGUCUAUGGAUUCUUCAAUUACAUUGAGCUGAUUUCUGACAUGCUGUUCCUUCUUUUUCCGUAGUGUAUUUCUGUAUUGUUUUAGUGAUUCACCAUAGUGAAGGCGUAGGCUCAGGUUUUCUGGGUCUCUAUGUUUUUGGUUGGAUAGGUUUCUCAAUUUCUUUCUUAGGUUUUUGCAUUCUUCAUCAAACCAUUUAUCACUGUGAUUACUUUUCUUUGGUUUUCUGUUAGAGAUUUUUAGAUUUGAUAGGGAAGCUGAGAGGUCAAAUAUACUGUUUAGGUUUUCUACUGCCAAGUUUACACCUUCACUAUUACAGUGGAACGUUUUGUCCAGGAAGUUGUCUAGAAUGGAUUGAAUUUGUUGUUUCCUAAUUGUUUUUUGGUAGGUUUCAACACUACUUUCCUUCCAUCUAUAGCAUUUCUUAAUAUUAUUCAGUUCCUUUGGCUUUGAUGCCUCAUGAUUGAGUAUUGCUCUGUUCAGGUAGGCUGUGAUUUUGCUGUGAUCUGAUUGGGGUGUCAGUGGGCUGACUGUGAACGCUCUGAGAGACUCUGGGUUGAGGUCAGUGAUAAAGUAGUCUACAGUACUACUGCCAAGAGAUGAGCUAUAGGUGUACCUACCAUAGGAUUCCCCUCGAAGCCUACCAUUGACUAUGUACAUACCCAGUGUGCGACAGAGCUGCAGGAGUCGUGACCCGUUUUUGUUGGUUAUGUUGUCGUAGUUGUGCCUAGGGGGGCAUAUGGGGGAGGGAAUGCUGUCACCUCCAGGUAGGUGUUUGUCCCCCUGUGUGCUGAGGGUGUCAGGUUCUUGUCCAGUUCUGGCAUUUAGGUCGCCACAGACUAGUACAUGUCCCUGGGUCUGGAAAUGAUUGAUUUCCCCCUCCAGGAUGGAGAAACUGUCUUCAUUAAAGUAUGGGGAUUCUAGUGGGGGGAUAUAGGUAGCACACAGGAGGACAUUUUUCUCAGUUGAGAUAAUUUCCUUUUGAAUUUCUAACCAAAUGUAAAAUGUUCCUGUUUUGAUUAAUUUAAUAGAGUGAGUUAGGUCUGCUCUAUACCAAAUUAGCAUACCCCCUGAGUCCCUUCCCUGUUUCACACCUGGUAGUUUGGUGGAUGGGACUACCAGCUCUCUGUAACCUAGAGGGCAACCAGUGGGUCCGUCUCCUCUAUGCCAUGUUUCUUGUAGGAUGACAAUGUCUGUAUUUCCGAUUUCUUUGGUGAAGUCCAGAUUCCUGCUCUUUAGGCCAAAGGCAGAUGACCUCAGGCCUUGGAUAUUCCAGGAUGAAAUAGUGAAGGCUUUGUGUUCCAUAAAGUGUCUAAUGUUGUUGGUUGUGUGGUUUGGCCUCAGGCCAGUAAUUGUGAGCAGAGCCUGCUGAGCAUCUGGUACAUGCCAUUGGCUUGGGCUAGUGUAAGAGUGGGUGUUGGGCCUGUUUGCCUGCUCACGGCCUGGGCGUAUGUGUGACUUUCAUGUUGAGGUCCUCUUUGUGGGAGUGGGGGGCUUGGGGUGGGUAGGAGGGGCAUAGGUCUGAUCUGAGGGGGCCUAAAUGGGGUGUGGGCAUGGUUGACUUGGGGGGGAGUUAAUUGGUGGGGGUGGGGGUGUAGAUGUGGUUGAUGGUGCUGUGGUCUGGAUGUAGGUCCUCUCUGCGGGGGUCCUCUAUGUGUAGGUCCUGGGGGGGGGUCCUGCAGGUCUGGGAGAGUGUCUCGCUGGUCUGGGCGGGGUGUCUGUUGAUCUGUUGCUCCUGUGUGAGAUGUUGGGUCUGCGGUUGAGGGCGAUAUCCUUUAGGGUCCGGGCGAAGGUGGGCACUGCUGCCUUGUAUAGGUGGACCUGGUCAUAAAGGCUGUUCACGUCCAGGGUGGAGUGGUGGGCCAGGAAGACAUUUGGUUAUGAUGCACAGUUACGGGAAAUACUUGCGUUUACCCGCUGUAUGGUAGCAGGGUGGAAGUAUUUUCAUGGUAACAGGGUUGAGAUAACCACUUGUGCGUUGGGGAAAGUAGAAUAAGCUUUUUUCUAUCACUCCCUUGAGUGAUGUGGCCACCCUUUCCUGCUGUGUUCUCAGGUCGUUUGUGCCUGUGUGUAUUAUUAUGUGGCUGGGUGAUCCUAGUCGGUCCUCAGACAGAAGGUCUAGGGCGCGCUGGGUGUUUGGACACCAGAGUUUAGACACUGUGUGUUUUGGAAAAAGUUUAUUUUCUUGUAUGUAUUUCCCGUUUGAGUCCAUAAGGAGUACAAUCUGUGGCUUGUGAUGUCCUCAGUGGGUGUGGGGGGGUCGUCAUGAGGGCUACUCUCUUUCUUCUCUCGCUCUGUGUUUCUCUCUCUCGCUCUGUUUCUCUCUCUCUCGCUCUGUGUUUUUCUCUCUCUCUCGCUCGCUCUCCUCUCUCUCUCUCUCUCGCUCUGUUUCUCUCUCUCUCUCUCUCUCUCUCUCUCUCUCUCUGUUUCUCCUCUCUCUCUCUCUCUGUUUCUCUCUCUCUCUCUCUCUCUCUGUGUUUCUCUCUCUCGCUCCCAAGUCUUCCAUUUCUUUACUUCCUCUCCUCUCUCUCCUCUACCUCUAGUCAGUUUCUCUCUCACUGUGCUUAAUGGACAUUGAUGUGUGUAAUAUGGCCACUUAUUGAGUGUAAUAUGAUGCCAUAGCUCCGUGUAUCUUUGUUUGCCUUCUGUGCUGGUAUGUAUCAGAGACAUUCUCUAACAUAUCCUGUGUUGUGUUUACUCCGGGGUUUCCCACUAUUUUUAUUUCCUGUUAAAUAUUUCAGUGGUGUUAUAGAGUAGAACCAACUGCUUUGGAGGGGUGCUUUCUCUCCGGGUUAUAAAACAUUUAAGUCUCUAGUCAGGCUCUCCGGGAGCGGAAAGAGAAACGCGUUAUGUGAUCAGACAGGUAUUUGAGAUUGAAUUAACAAGAGAUUCUCCUCUUUCUUCUUCUCUGUCCUCAUCCCUCCAUCGUGAUAUAACAGUGAUGGUGUGUUAGGCGGUGGAAACAUUGACCUGGUCUCUGAACGAAAUGAAUGAUCAUUUGAAAUGUAAUUAGAAUAUAUAUAAUUGGUGAUUUUAGAGAAUGUUUAACCACACUUCAUAGCAAUGGCACAGUCAGAAGGAAGCUGUGUGUGUGUGUGUGUGUGUGUGUGUGUGUGUGUGUGUGUGUGUGUGUGUGUGUGUGUGUGUGUGUGUGUGUGUGUGUGUGUGUGUGUGUGUGGACCACCAUAGACUAUGAAUAAGGACCACCAUAGACUGGAAGGAGUUUCACUGGAUGACAAUGAUGUAACUUCACUAGACGUCACUGAUAACAGCAUAUUAAUCAAGGAUAACAUCAAUUCUUCGUCUGAAUCUAUUUGACUCUCUUCUGACUCUCUUUUGACUCUCUUCUGACUCUCUUUUGACUCUAUGACUCUCAACUCUAUCUCUGCACUCUUUCUAUUUCUCAGUCUCUUCUAUUUUCUCUCUUCUUCCUCCUCCUCGACACCCUCUGUCCGCUAGUUUUCGACGGGAAGGGAGUGAGGUUCACGGCUAGUGAGGAUGUGUACCCAGAGAAAGGUAUGUGGACACUAAGGGCCUGAAAACACCAGGCCUCCAAGGACCUAGACCUCCACCCCCAUAUGCAUCCUCGGACUACCCUCCUGCCUGCUCAACCUCAUCCCAACACACACACACGGACAUAGGACAUGUAUGCGUGCAUGCGUAUGACAUCCAGUACACACAUAUGAUGUAGGUACUACGUAUACAUACUCAGUAUGUAUGACCUGAAACUACUAAGGCAUGGUAGCCAUCAGACAAAGGGAACCACAUUAUAAGACUGUGAGGACUCAUGCUCUGUCAGAGGCAGAGUCAUCAGUAUGCAUCAUAGGAGAAGACCCAUGUGCAUGCAAAAGGAUGAGAGAGAGAGUGAGUCAGACAAUGACUGGGCAAAAGGAGUGUGUGUGUGGGUGGGUGUUCAUCUCUGACUGACUGUGUGAAAGGGUAUUUUAUUUUGAACCACAGGGUCUGUCUCCUGCAAGGUGUUGGAGUUGGGGAUUUCUUUUUUGCUUGUUUUGUUUUCCCCUCCUCCUUUUUGAAUGAUGGAGUGAUGAUGAUGAUAAUGACAGAUGGCUCCUUGCCAUACCAUACCCCCUGUUCUACACGUAAGCACGCACAUACACACACACAACGCCUCCACCGUCCCUCCAAUGUGCAGAGUGGCCAGUCAUCCCUCCCCAGGGCAGGUCCCUCCAGCAGUGACAAUUGACAGUCCCCCCCCUCCCCCCCACUCCCCUUCGGCAAAACACAGAAUCGUCCAAUCAGCAGUAGUCCCUGGGGUCAGGUGGUGCGCUCUUUGUCAGUGUAUAUCAGAUCUGAGGGUCUGAUUCCACAUCUCCUCCUCAGAGAUUUAGACACUAAACUGCUACACACACACACACACUCAGCUCUCCAGGAAAUAAGCUCUCUAAUGUAUACUGUAUUAUGCAGCUGUUGAAUUAUAAUCAGUUUAGAUUGCUCUUAUUCCACACAAAAAAGUGUUGUGAUGCACCCUCUGACCCUCUGAGUGACUGGAGGACAUCAUGCCCAUCACACAGAGCAGCCAGAACUCUACUGUUGCCCUCCUACAGAACUCUCACUUCACCAGCCUGUACCUCACCGACACACAGACAUUUUUCAGUCACCACUGAUUAAAACGUUCAGAGAUAUAAAUCAUUGCAAACUUAGAUCACAUUUUAGGGAAUGAAAGUCAGUCAACCUACCUACCUACCCACAAUUUCCACCAUCAUCCCUCCUCCCUCCCAGACAAACUAUGUCCGUGCCUGACUGGAGCCCGCUACAGGGCCCUGCAUGUAUCCCGCUAACCCUCACCACCCCCCAGGCCUAGCAGCAUGGAACGAAGGACCCCAAACCCAGGCCCAAGGCUAUCCUGUGUUGUGUGGAGAGGUACACACAUUCCCUUGUCAAGUACACUUCAAAUCCUGUUGGCUUUCUGGGCAAAAUUCCCCUUGAAGUUGCAAGAUAACAAGCACUCUAUAGGCAUGUAUGCACCCUGCCUCAGGAUAACUGUGACUGGGCCACUGGUCUGCUCCCACAGCAUGGUCCCUCCAGUUGCCAUGCUUGCUCUGUGUAAAGGGUUCAGCAAGGAAUGGGUUUCUCCGUCUGACUGGAUCCAUCUCAGCAUGUUACUUGCCUACUCUGCUCUGCCCAGCAGCAGUAGAGGAGGACUGCGAUAACCCUCUCCUCUCUCACCACCAGUCUCCUCUGACCUGCCUCCCACUGCCAUCACCGCUGCAUCCUAACUGAAAGGCUCCUACCCCCUGGGGCCGGGCAGGCAGAGUCACAGGGCAGCUAUGAGUGGUUACAUGAAUUUAUCCAAAGAACUUUAAUAACAUCAGAUGCUUCUCGUAUUUAGUUUGCCUGGAACUGUUAACUGAAAAGUUCUUUACAACCCAAAACCACUCAUAGCUGCAUUCUCUGAUUGUCCCCUCAUACAGGCCUACUUCUCUCAAGCCCUAUGAAAUAUGUUGUUUGUUUUCCCACCCUCAGACACAGUUACAUCUGCCAGACUUAAGCAUACAGCCUAUCAUGACUGUAUUGUACUGAGGGAGUAUGGGCAGAAGGGAAGGUGUUCUGGCUAUAGUGUUGGCCUGCCUGCAGCUGUGAAAGAGGCCCCACUCUGGGCCACAGAGGAGUGACUUGUACCCCUGUCCCUGUCAGGCUCUGGUGUGGACGACGCUGUGGGAGAAGUGUCUAUCCACGUGGAGAUCUUCACCCACCCCAACACUGGAGAGCACAAGGUCACUGUCAAAGGUCAGUGUCCAGUCAAUUCUGUCAGAGAUUUCAUUUCAUCAUGUCUUAAAAAUUGUUUUCAGAGGGUAACUCAUACCACAGAAAAUGUCUCUUUGGCUUUGUUGGGCGGUGUGUUAAAACCUUGUUGAUAAAUGACCUCCCGUGUCUAUUUCUUUUUCCCUCUCCCUCUCUGUCUCAGUGGUGGCAGCCAAUGACCUGAGGUGGCAGACCACGGGGGUGUUCCGUCCCUUCGUGGAGAUCUACAUCAUUGGUCCUCAUCUAGCUGACAAGAAGAGGAAGUACGCCACGAAGUCCAAGAACAACAGCUACGCCCCCAAAUACAACGAAACGUUCACAUAGUGAGUAUUACAGUCUGGCCUCAGUGGUACAAAGCGUCUUGCGAUUGAGGUGGCAUCAUAUUGGAAGUGAUCAUGUUAGAUAUUGAAUAGGGAAUCCUGUCAGUUUUUAAUCUAUUUACCGGAUCACACUUCUACAUUCCAAAGUGGUGGAAUCAGUGUAGAUGCAUUAGACUCUAAGCUGUGUGUCUCUGUCUUCUCUCCUUGCAGCACCCUCAGUAACGAGGUGGGCACAGAGUGUUACGAGCUGCAGGUGUGUGUGAAGGACUACUGCUUCGCCCGGGAGGACCGUAUGGUGGGCAUAGCCGUAAUGCAGUUGAAGGACUUGUCCUCUAGGGGCAGCGUGGCGUGCUGGCUCCCCUUGGGGAAGAGGGUCCACAUGGACGAGACGGGCCUCACCGUCCUCCGCAUCCUGUCCCAGCGCAACAACGACGACGUGGCAAAGGAGUUCGUUAAGCUCAAGUCAGACCAGCGCUCUCCCGAGGAGGGCCAAGGA